GACAGACAGAAAAAAGCACAGGGAAGGGCCUGGCAGCUGUAUAAAGCUCCCUCCGAGCCUUGAGCGCUGUAGAAGUACAUCAGCCUCGGCCACCAGCAUGACCAGCCAGUCCCAAGGAAUCCAGCAGCUUUUGCAGGCAGAAAAACGUGCCAAGGACAAGCUUGAGGAAGCCAAAAAGAGAAAGGGAAAGAGACUGAAGCAGGCCAAAGAAGAAGCCAUAGCUGAGAUAGACCAUUACCGGUUGCAGAGGGAGAAGGAAUUCAGGAACAAGCAAACAAACGUAAUGGGCUCCCAAGGUAACCUCUCCACUCAAAUAGAAGAGCAAACAACAGAAACCAUCCGAAACCUCACCAGCAGCUACCAGAAGAACAAGGAGAGCGUGAUGAAAAAGCUUCUGAACAUAACAUAUGAUGUCAAGCCCGAAGUCCACCAGAACUUCAGAUACGCAGCUUAAGAUCAACUAUAUCUAGGGGAAGGUUGUUUGUAAAAAGUAGCCUUGUUUCUUAACAACCACAGAUAGUUCCUCCUCUAUUGUUUCUGAAUGUGUGAGAGAAAACACUGAAGCCAGAAGUGUACAGUUCCAUAAAGGUUUUGAUGCGAUAACAACCACGCAGGGUUUCACAGCCAUUUGUUGGAAUAGUGUUGUUCCCUGUUGACAGCCUAGCCCCUGUCAUUUGGAUGGGUGCAAGUCAAUAAAUGCAGAAGAAAUGAUUAUUUGACACCA